AUGGUCCCCGAGGUCCUCCUCGCCCUCCUCGGCGUCCCCGGGGAGGUCAUCGUCCUCGUCCCCGGGAGCGAGCUCCACGGCCCGGAGCGCUUCCGCGUGUCCCCGGAUCUCCCGUUCCUCGAGCCUCCCGAGCGCGCGUCGCUCGACCGACUCGUCUCGCUCGGGUACGCGUUCCGAUGCUUGGAGCGAUUCGUCGCGGACGAGGGCGAGUCCGGGGUGCUCGCCGCGGUCGGCGGCUCGUCGCGGUCGGACGGCGGCGGGAGUCUGUACCGAAGAGCGCUCGCGGCUGGCGUCGGCGAGGUUCUGUCGUCGUACGAGGCGGCGGUGCUUCGACUGGAGCAGGAUGUGCUGCGGGGGGCGACCCCCGCGCUGCCCGCGGCGUUGGAGAGCGCGCUGAGCUCGUUCGCGCUCGUGCUGCCGUCGCUGCGCGCGGUGUUGAGACCCGUGAUGGAGUCCGACGACCUUCGCGGCGCGGCGUUGCUGCACCACCUCCACGCCGCCGCUCUCGCCGCGGGCGCGCCGCAGCUCGAGUCCGCGCUCAGGGCGCUGCGGUCGCGGUGCUACCGCGCGCUGUACCAGCAGCUCCUGGCGUGGACCGUCCACGGCGCGCUCGUGGACCCCUUCGGCGAGUUUUGGGUGCGACGCGUCGACGGCGGCGGCGGCGACGGCGGCGUCGGCGCCUCCGACGACCCGUUCGACGGCGACGACGGCGGCGAGGACGAGUGGCACCGCGGGUUCCUCGUAUCGCUGGAGAACCUCCCGCCCGGGAUCGAGCUCCCGGCCGCGGAGGCGACGCUGUUUAUCGGCCGCGCGGUCAGGGUGCUGUCGAGCCCGCGCGGCGCGUUCGCCGGGAAGUCGCUGUUGCCGGCGGAAGUCGCGGCGGCGGCGACGGCGUCGCUUCGCGCGUUGGCGAAAAACGACGGCGAGUUCGACCGCGCGUCGUUCGAGCUCGUCCUCGAGACGAUCCGCGCGCCGAUCGCCGCGCGCCUGGGGCGGCUCGUCGUCGCGAACGCGAGGCUGCUCGACCACCUCGGCGCGCUGCGCGCGUAUUUCCUCCUCGGCCGCGGCGAUUUCUUUCAGACGUUUUUCGAGGAAGCCGCCGGGUUGUUGAGGGCGCCGCCGCGCUCGAGCACCGCGGAGGCGGACAUGGCGGCGCCGUUCGCGCAGGCGGCGCUGAAGUCGUCCGCGGUGAACGACCCGCUCGCGAGCCGGUUCAGGCUCAGAUUUAACCCCGCGGAGCGCGGCGGGGGCGACGACGACGUCGGCGCGAGCGCGCACUUCCAGCCGAGGCGCGCGGCGGCGGCGGCGGCGGCGACGACGACGAGCGGCGGCGGCGCCACCGCGCGCGUCCCGUCGUUCGACGGCUGGGACGGCCUCGAGCUCGACUACGCCGUCCCGUGGCCGCUCGGGCUGAUCCUCACGAAGAAUACGAUCGCGCGGUAUAACAAGCUGUUCCAGUACCUCCUCAGGCUCAAGCGCGCGCAGCUCGCGUUGGACGACGCGUGGUGCCGGGUUCAAGCCGACCACGUCUUCUACGGCGAGGGCGUUCGCGGAGGAAGCCGCGGACGCGGGCGAGGCGAGCGCGGCGGUGCGUUCGAGGCGUGCCAGCGCGUCAGGCACGACAUCGCGUUCUUGGUGAACAACUGGACGACGUACCUGCAGGUGGACGUCAUCGAGUCGCAGUUUCGACGCGCGGCGACGCGAAUCGCGGAGGCGCCGGAUGACUUCGCGGAGGCGCAGCGCGCGCACCGGAGCUUCCUCGCGGCGUGCACGGCGCAGAGUUUUCUCGACCUCGAGAGCGUGAGCGCGAUCAUCGAGAACAUCAUGCAGCUCGCGGGGGCGCUGUGCGCGGAGGUGAAGGGCCUGCCGCCGGACGGGAGCCCGCCGUCUCCGGAGACGAUGGUCGAGGUUGAUUCCAUCGGCGCCAAGUUCGCGCGGCAGGCGACCGGGUUGUACACGAUCCUGCGGUCGAACCGGCUCGCGAACGACCCGAAGGCGCCGUACUUGAGGUUGCUGCUGCUGCGGUUGAACUACAACGACUUCUUCUUCAGCGCGGCG